AUGGAUAAUUGGAUUAUAAUCGAUUCGAAAACUCAUAUCAUCAAAGCAGAAUUGGCUAUAUAUACAGUCUUGUUAGACUUAUGUUGUCUGAAUCCUCAUAUCGAUGUAGAGACAUUCACACAGAUCGAAUUGUUGGCAAGCCCAAAAUCAAUCAAACCAAGAAAUCCAAAGAUCAUGUCUUUGACCAAGAAAAGUAGAAAAAAAGAUAGAAUACAAUAUCUUAUCGAUCGAGGAUAUAAAGACAAUAAUGAUCAACACACGUUUAGUAUCGACUACCGAAUUAUUAAAUCUACUACUGAUAUCGAUAGAGAGAUGGAUAACAUCAAUAAAGAAUUGGAAGAUCAAGUCAACACAUUAAAGAUAAAGUAUAAUGUAAUCAUUUGUGAAAGAUACAAUCAACCAUCUAUUGAUCAUUAUAUUGAAUCAAAUUUAAAAGAUAUGAUUUAUCAUUAUAAAAAUACGAAUCAAAACAAUAAUAAUGAACCAUAUUCAUGGUUUACAAAACAAGAGAUUGAUAUGAUAUCAAAGUUUUAG